CUGCAAACACUACAUAUGACAAGACUCUCCUGGAACAGUGUAAAUUGUUUCUAUGCACUGUGUUCUCUUCAUCUACAACAGCUCUGCUUUCAUCUCUAUACAGUUUUAUGUCAGGCUAUACUGGCUCCCUGGGCAGCUCCCUGGUUCGCCCGUCCCUGUUCAGUUUCCAGUCACUAGGAGUUUACUGAUGUCCUUGGGAUUUCACACAGUUCUAUAAUCAGCAAUGUAUUUCCUCUAGAUGAACAGCUAGUGUGGGAAAUAAGGAACAGAUCAAUAGAUCCUGAUGAACCGUGGACCUGUGUAUUUUAUAUUGUACUCAAUAAGGCAUGGAUCUUUCAGUGCAAAAGUCACACAGAGAGUUUCAAUCCUUUUUUCAAAGACUCUGAGGUUGUUUUCCUGUGAAAAAAUUGUAUAUACUGUGUCAGAGUAUACAGCUGACACUUUGUUCCAGCUCAGUUUUAAUUAGUUCCAAUGUUGACAAAAUGACCAGACACAUGUGGUUCUCCUUACCCUAUGCUUCUAAGCCCUUUCGGAGAACCAAUGUGUCCUCCUCUCUCUUCAACGGUGACAUCAACAUAGAAGACAUUGGAGACUUUGAGAACAACACCAAGUAUGAAGCCGAAUCUCAGAGCUCCACUGUCAAAUCUCUGCUGAUUGUAGCCUACUCUUUCAUCUUUGCUAUAUCUCUCUUCGGAAAUAUCCUGGUAUGCCAUGUUGUCAUAAAGAACAAAAGGAUCCAGUCUGCUACCAGCCUCUUCAUUGUUAACCUGGCAGUAGCAGAUAUUAUGAUCACCCUACUAAACACUCCAUUCACUCUGGUUCGAUUUGUGAGCAGUACAUGGGUAUUUGGAAAGUUGAUGUGUCAUGUAAGCAGAUUUGUCCAGUACUGUUCAGUUCAUGUGUCUGUUCUGACCCUUACAGCUAUUGCUUUGGACAGACACCAGGUUAUAAUACACCCCUUAAAGCCUAGGAUGUCCACAGUAAAAGGCAUUAUCUGCAUAAUUACCAUUUGGUUUAUGGCCAGUGGAUUCUCACUGCCACAUGCUGUUUAUCAGAAGCUAGAACAGUUUUACAUUGGGAACACUGUACGAAUGGUCUGUCUUCCUAGCUUCCCCCAUCCAGCUGACCUGUUUUGGAAGUAUCUGGACUUAGCCACAUUGGUACUUCUGUAUGUCUUGCCUCUCAUUGUCAUUUCUAUUACUUACACAAUGGUGGCAAAAAAACUAUGGCUGAGGAAUGCUAUUGGCGAUAUUACCAUGGAGCAAUACUAUGCCCAUCGGCGGAAAAAAAUGAUGACCCUCAAGAUGCUAAUGCUGGUCGUCGUUGUUUUUGCUGUUUGUUGGUUUCCAUUAAACUGCUACCUGGUCCUGAUGUCCAGUAAAGUCAUUAGCAGUAACAAUGCCUUGUACUUUGCUUUCCACUGGUUUGCUAUGAGCAGUACAUGUUACAACCCUUUCAUUUACUGCUGGCUGAAUGAGAGCUUCCGAUCAGAACUCAAAGCCCUGCUUUGUGUGUGCAGAAGGAGGACAACAGCUCAGAACCAUGCUCUGCAAGCAGUCUCACCCACAUUCCGACAUGCCUGGACUGAAAACUGUAACUUUAAACAAGGUAACAGUUCACAGAGUGCUCAUUCUGCCACCAACGUUAACUCAGGGAGGACUGAUAUCUCCAGUGUGGAACCCAUUGUUGCAGUGAGCUGAAGAUGCCCUGCAGGGUUUGCUUAAUGUAUUUGAUGCCAGGGAGGCUGCAUUGUAUUACAGGUCCCCCGGUACCAAAUGUAUAAAUGAACAGACAGUUAACCUUUUAUAUUUCUGGUAAAUUAAGAUCAGUCAUAUGGGUUCUUACAAUAAGAGGAAACCAUGUGGCUAAGGAAAUGCCUAUAAAAAUGUGCUGUCAUCAGUUUUGAAAUGCUCUAUGUAAAAUGUUUUUAAUAAAAUCUCUGUGUGAUAUCUUUUUAAGUGGGAACAGAACGGACAAUCAUAAGAACUGCUUUUGUCUACCAUAAAGUUGUGAGAAACAGUUCUACAUUUCUAGACACCAUCCGUUAUUGUCAAGGAAGUGAGAUUCUAAUACUUGAUUUAUUAUGGCUAGGUAUAAAGAGAUCCAGUUGAUGUUUCAGAGCAUUGUUCAAAAUUGUACUGUCCUUUCAUACAAACAGAAUCAAUCAGGUAGUUGUAAAAGUGCAAUUAACACAAUCUGUGAUAUUUAGAGAUUAUUUUAAUAUAUAAUGUUUACCUUCCUUUUUUCUACUUACCAGUGUAAUCAUGGAAAACAGUGAAAAUGUAUAGUCAUUAACCUGUGAGAUUUAUAAAAUGGGUUAAUUACUAAAAUAAAAUUAUAUUAAAGGUACAUUUAAAUGUAAUAAUAA